AGAAAAGGUGGUUUGUUUAUCACUAGAAAAAUUCCAUACACAGUAUUUAUUUAUAUAUUGGCGGACCACUUUCUCUCUCAUGUGGUGUGAGAGGAUACUACUACUUUAGUAAUAUAGUAAAACAAAAAUCUCUCAUAAAGCAACGGAAAGGAAGAAACAGACAGAGAAACCUGCAUUUUCUUUUUUUGAAUUCAAAUUUUAAACAGUAAAAAGCUUUUUCUAUACAACGGAUACAUCUUACUUCUACUUUCUUUCUUUUUUGUCUUUCAUUUAUAAACUAGAAAAAAUACAUUAGUUUUGUGAUCUUUGGAAUAGAAUUCACUUGUCUGUAAAAAUAGAUCUUGUUCCCAAAAGAAUGGGAGAAUCUGCUUGUCUCAUGCAGCCUUUCUCAUAUGCAGCUCCACAGGGAGAUUCUCUUGGUGCUUUAGGACAGUCUGUGUCCUUCGGGAGAUUCAUGUCGGAGAAACUUGACUGGGAAAAAUGGUCUGCUUUCUCCACACACAACCCUUAUGUGGCCGAGGCAGAGAGAUACUCAAAGCCCGGAUCUGUCGCUCAGAAGAAAGCUUUCUUUGAAGCUCACUACAAGAAACUCGCUGCUGCUAGAAAAGCUGCUGCUGAAGAGGCCCUCUUGCUUCAGCAGCAAAUCCCUAAACCCCAACCAGUCCAAGAAGAAGAUAUCAAUGGAGGAGGCAAUAAAGAUUGGCUGGUCUCGAAACCGGAUCUUGAGACUUCAGGAAGAUCUUUAGAUGAUUCUGCUGAAAUGAAAUUCCUAGCAGGAGAAGAAGGCGUAUUUAGAGGUAAUAGACAAUCUGAUGAGAAAGAGAACUGUGGGUUGGCUGAGUCAGAGAUCAAUGCCAAAGUUUCUUCUACAGGUGGAGAACAUGUGGAUGAGGAGAAGCCUAUUCUAAUGUCUUCGCAGAAGAAAUCCAAAAACUCACAACAAUCAAAGAGCAGUACCAAAUCAAGAGUCUAUAAGUACAAUUCAUCGGAGAGGACUCCAAGUCAAAAGUCUAGCAACAAGAGCAGCUCUUACACUUUCACACCUGCAAAAGAGUUCAAUAGAUUGGUGUCCAUCAUAAGGAAGAUUGAUGGGUCAAGAGCUUCUUCUAAACCAACCAAAGACUGCAAAACUCCUCUCCGGACACCAUCAUCAAACAAGGUGUCUGCAAAGGGAAUUGCUGAUGACUCUUUGUCCUCACCUUUAUCUAGUAACAGAAGGUGUUACAGUAAGUGCAGAGGGAAGAUAGCUCCUGAUUCUUCUGCCAAGACAGGUCGAGGAAGAUGGAAUUUCCUCCCUGCAGAGACACCGAGCUGUUUUACACCGUUUGGCUUAAGAACAGAGGAGAGGGCAGAGAGAAGAAAAAAGAAGCUAGAGGAGAAAUUCAAAGCAAUGGAGCCACAGAACCAGAAGGCAGAGGAAAGGAGUGUGGAGAAGGAAGAGAGUAAACUACGGCAAAGGCUAUGCUUCAAAGCGAAGCCACUUCCAAAUUUCUACAAACAGAGACCAAAAUCAACAGACCAAACUAAGAAAGCUCUGUUACAGUAGCAGAGAGAUAUUGCGCGGACUUAGCGCCUGUGGCUGUGGGGAGAACUAUCAAAACCGGUUUGCCUCAAAAAAAGGAUUAGUUUGGAAUUGUUGACAUAUUUGGUUUUAUUCCAAGAAGAAGUAUUGAAUUUUACUAGAUUGCAUUGUAUGAAUGAAUUAUUUGUAAACUUGUUAUAUAUGCUUUGAAAAAGGUGAGAGAAUUGGAGGCAA